AGGGGUUGGGAGAAGGAGGACGCGGUGGUGGUAAAUCCUAAUUUACCGAGACGCCUCAUGUGACCAACGGUGACAGUCUCGCCGCUAUCCCGGCGUGGAGGACGUGCUUGUUGCCCCCCCCCCCUCCCCUCAGCUCCUCCACUCUUGGCUGGCUUGAUGUAUGUACGUUCGAGCGGUGGAACCAGCACGCAGUCUUCGUCUUUUUCUUCGUUUUGUCGAGCCCUCGGGUUACUUUCUCGGGUUUCGCCGUCAUGGCCUGGAGGGGAGCAAGAACACUCUCCUAUUAUCACCCCAUCCAUUACACCAAUUAGGAUUGAAGUAAGAGGCUCGGGGGAGAAGAUAAGGUGAUGACCUGGAUAGUGCCAUGUGAAUGACUGAAGACCAUGAAGCCCACACACAAGCUGCUGUUCGUCCUGUGCCCCAUGCUGGUCCUAGGCUUUAUUUACUACUCAUCGGGAAAGCUACAUCUAAACGUAUGGGGCCAGAAGCCACAGCUUGAUGCUGAAGUGACAGCUGUAAUCCUCACUAACGGCAAUGAAGUGAAAAGAAUUGCAGAGCUGGAAACGGAUAUCUCCGUGGGACGAAUAGUAGGCUCAGUGUAUGACAAGCAGGGCUUUUUGCUGCAGUUAGACACAAAAUUGCCACCGGAGUUGGCAUACAAGUAUGGCAAUCUCAGCGAAGGCGUGUGCAAGCCAGGAUAUGCAGCAGCCAAAAUGACAACGAUCUAUCCAAAGUUCAGGAAAGCAGCGCCCAUGUUUCUUGACCAAAACUUCAAACGUCUCGCAAAAGUCAGCAAUUACUUGCCUCCGUUUGGAUUCAAAACACAAGAGAGAAUCAUAGACAGCAUUUUAACUACUACCAAAAACUUUGGAUUAGGAGAUGAACUGGACAGUCUCAACUGUAAAAAAUGCAUCAUUGUGGGCAACGGAGGUAUCCUGUCCAACAAGUCUCUGGGAUCCCGUAUCGAUGACUAUGAUGUUGUGGUCAGGUUGAAUGAAGCCCCAGUGGCUGGCUACGGGAAGGAUGUAGGGACCAAAACUACAAUGAGAAUUACCUACCCAGAGGGAGCUAUUCAGAAGCCUGAACACUACGAAAAGGAUUCACUUUUUGUUUUUUCUGCUUUCAAACCACUGGACUUCAAGUGGUUAAGACAGAUGGUCUUGAAAGAGAGACUGCGAGGUACAGAGGGUUUUUGGAAGUCCGUGGCCCAGCAUGUCCCUCGUGAGCCCAGCGAGAUGAGAAUCCUCAACCCCUACUUCAUCCAGGAGGCUGCCUUCCAGUUCAUAGGCCUGCCCUUUAACAAUGGCAUAAUGGGAAAAGGGAACAUUCCAACUUUAGGCACGGUUGCCAUAACAAUGGCGCUGCAUAACUGUGACGAGGUGGCGGUGGCCGGCUUCGGCUAUGACAUGAAUGCGCCUCACGCACCCCUCCACUAUUACGAGGCCGUCAAGAUGUCUGCUAUCAAAGAGUCAUGGACGCACAACAUAUCUAAGGAGAAGGAGUUCCUGCGCAAGUUAGUGAAGGCCAACGUCAUCGCGGACCUCACCAACGGCAUCUGAGCAUACGGCCAUCUAUUCUCCUUCCCCAUGGACUACCGCACAGGAAGCCGGGGAAAGGGCAAAAGAACCCCCAAAUGUCCAGGUGGCCUCCACAAUGCAAGGGUUAUCAUAUCAAAGGAGAUUGCUUUCAAAACUAAGUUUAGUGGUAACGUGCACACACGCGUGCCUUCUGAACCAAAGACGCCGAUUGAUUGAAGCACGAGGUAACGGGGGGGGACGACUGGAGCCACCCACUUCCUGUCUGAUGCGCUGACACCUUUACAGCGUUUAUCACUUUAAUAUCCGGUAUCACACCAAUGACGUGACCUGCAGAAGUCGGGCAAAGUGGAACAAAAGUGGAGACUGUGCAGGGACGGGCUGAGUAUUAGCAGUGCCAAAUGUACCUCGAACGGAGGAGAGGUGGCGCUCCUCUCCUUUUUCCUGCCUGAAUGUAUUCACUUUCCUCAAUGUAAAUAGCAAAAGAUUUUUACUUUUUAACGAGCUGCUGCAGCAGCAUCCUGACCAUCCCUGCCUCUUUUCCCACAUUUUGCUUCUGUCCAUUUUCUUCACACAAGCCGAUGACACUGUAUGUUGACAGAAAAGAAGUCUCGUAUAGUUUGCACUCGAGGCCAUAGCUCCCCUCUAAAGCCCCUUAAACUCUCAACAGCUCUUUAUUUGACAUCCAGUGGUGAUUAAAAUUAGAUUUGUUUCAGCAGUUUUUUUUGUUUGUUUUUUAAUAUAAGUAAACUUCAAUUCCUGUUUUAGCAAUAUUAUAUUUGGGCUGAUUAAUUUAGUGUUCCCCAACUUUUGUUAAGCAAAGGCACAUAUACAAAUCUGUCACACCACCAAACAAAAAUGCUCAUUUUAAGGCCAGCUUAGUUCUCACUUAAGUCCGUUUCCAAGUCAAUACAGGCUGAAAUCAAUUUAAUUUAGACUAUGACGUUACAUUUGAAAAAUAUCAUGGCACACGGCCAAACAGAAAUGUUACCAAAAGUAUAUAUACUGAUAUAGUGUUUGAACACACCUCAAUCUACCCACAAAUUUAUUUACUCUGUGAAAUCUUUGUUGUAUGAAAGACAAAGGUGGAUAGAAAGGUGAAUUGUACCUUCUGCCAUCUAGUGGAAGAGCAUUUAAUUGUUCUGCCUGUCCCUAUAUGUCGCUGGCAUUGAUAGAUGAACAAAGAUACAUCAUUUAUAGUAAACUAUUUUUAGACCAAUUAAGUGACAUUAGAUCAUUUCUUGUGGAACAGUGGUUGGGAAUCGCUGCUCUGAGUGAAAACAAGGAGAAGCAAAUUAUUUCUAUUGGAGAAUCAAUAUUCUUCAGCUUGUCAUCCCUAUAAGGUGAACCCCAAUCACUUCCAUCUGGACACUUGAUUUCUCUCAUGUGCGUGUGUGCGCAUGCGUUUCAGUUUGCAAGUGCGGCGGCCUGCUACUGUCUGCAUCGCCUCGUCUGGGUCGGUGGACUGAAUGUUGAAGCCAUCCUACCCGUUGCUGCAGAUCUCAUCGUGCUAGAGAAAUUUGAGACACUUUUUGAUUGUUGAAAAAAUAGAUAUACAUUGUUUUCAUUAUUUAUUUAGUUACGGAGACCCAGCGUUUGGAUCACAGGCAGGCCUGCUUUCUUUUCUCGUCGCGUUCUGAGGAAACCUAAAUCUGUUUGACUUGACCAUUGUGUGCUUUGUCUAAGAUUACAACAAUUUGUAUGGCAAAAGCAGCGUUACAAUCCGGGAAUUAUUCAGUUUGUUUCUGUUACAAUCUAAACCCCUCUUUGCAUCCUCUUUUCAAAUCACUCAUUGACUCCGAAGUAUUUCGUACUGCGACGGGUACUAUUUCAAUAUAACACAAUCAACAAUAUCAAGGCAGGAAAGUUCAAAUGCAGUGUAGCCUUGAGAUACGAGUGACCCGAUUUGAGUUUUUGAGAUACGAGCAAUCACGAUUCUUCACUUUGACUUGUCAGCAGUGAACUCAGUCCCACUCACUUCACAAUAAGCAGCAGUCUUGGAACAAAUUAAACUCGUAUCUCAAGGCACCACUGUAUUUUCACUCUGCGACAUGUACUAUAUUAAUAUAACAUAAUCAACAAUCCCAAAACGGGAAUAAUCCAAUAGUCCAAAAAUAUUCCAAAUAUCUGUUUGCCUUCCAACAUGAAUGACAUAAUCAGUUUUGUAAUCCAUGUGCUUUUGAUAGUUUUGGAAAUCUCUCGAUUUUGUUUCUUUCGCUCUCAGGUGGCUUUUCACCUCUUUUCUGUAUAUGCUCCUCCUCCGGAAGUGCAUACAUACUGUAAAGGCACCCGCGCUUAGAUCCCAGAUUGUUACUCUGAAAUUAUCGCAUCAAAUGGGACUUUGAGAGAGCUCUUAGCAGGCGCUCACAAUGCCUUACGUUUCAUCUUCUGGAAACUGCAACGAGGAGAAGCGCUGCUGUUCAACUAUGAGCAGUCAGCUGCACGUUAUUUGGGAGAUUUGGGUCCGGUCCAUUUCAUAUCUGCUGUGUUAUGUGUGCACGUACGUAUGUAGAUCUGAUUUAGGAACACUUGAAGACACUGGUUGUCUUGGAUGUAUGUUUUUUUUUUUUUAAAUCUGCAUAGUCACUUUCUACUUGCUACUGCUGUAAAAUACAAAAUACCCUUCUCACAAAAAGUUCCAAGGUCCACUUGGAUGCCUUUCUGUAACUCCUCCAGUCUCUAUCAACCUGCUGAUGAUAUGCUGACAUUCUAUACUCUCUCUGAGAACAUGUUUGUGGGGCUGCAGACAGGAUGUUCUCAGAGGAAAGUGGUAAUAGCUUAGUGUCAUCAGCAGGUUACAACAGAGAGGCUGGAAGAGUCACAGAAAGGCAUAGAAGUGGAUGUCCUUUGAAAUGUUGUGACUUUGACAUUCAGUCCUGAAAUAUUAGGAAAAGGUACUUGUCCUUUCAAAGGAUAAGAUUAGGUCAAAUUAAGUUCACGAUUGAUGGAUCUAGUGCAGUUUAGGUUCAUCCUAAAAUAUUUUGAACUUUUUGUGAGUUGCGUAUGUGCUCGCCAUGAGUCCUAAUAGAGGGUACUCAUUUGGAUGCAUUUGUUUUAAAGGGGACAUAUUGUGCAUUUUUUUUUUCAUAUUUUGAAACAGUUACCAGGUGUAAUUACAUUUUGUCAUUUUACCCAUCAAGAAGCACACUUACCACUAUUUGUCUUGCUGAAAUUAUUUGGCCCGGCAAGAACCAUUUCUUUGUUGGGCAAAUGGCAAGUACGGCUUUUGAUAUGGGUUUCCUGACGAGAUUACUGCAUUUUCACCCGCGGAGGCAGCACUUCAUCCACUGAGCAGGCAAAAGGUUUCUCCAGUGUGUUUUCUCAUAUGCUUUUUCAAAACUGACUUGUAGAGAAGAAAAUUCCCACAGUGAGAACAUUUCCAGCAUUUGUUGUCAGUGUGACCUUCAGAUUGUUCGUGAUCAUCAGUGUGAGGAGUGUGUACCAUUGUGUCGUCACUAUCUGAUAGUAGAGCGAAGACUACUCUUUAUACACUUCGAUUAGUGUGUGGAUCUGUGCAUGUAGCGCAUGCAGCAAACACAUCGCCAAACACAAAUUUGGCAAAAUUCCAAACUGCGUGUUCAGAGGCACAUUUGCAGAAAUAGGCAGAUUUACUUGUUUUUUUUUUUAUUUCACCUUUUAUUGGUGUACAGUUAUUUGUAUACAAGCAGUUGAAAGGUAAAUUUUCGAUAAAAUGUCCCCUUUAAACCUAAAAACUGUCUGAGAGUAACAAUUUGAUUCAGCAAGGCAAAGUCUUAGUUUUUGUUAUUAGGAGAGAAGCUCGAGAAAGGAGUUACUGAAAUAUUGGCAAAUGUGCUCGAUGCACAUGGGGAGCAAAACGAUGGCUAGUACAAGUAUGACAUAUUUUGCCUUGUCAAUUUUUAUUUUCAAACACGACUUCUAGUGUGACUGGUGUCCUUGAACGCACCAGCAAGAGGUUGUUUGGUCCCCUGACAUCUGCAGCACUACAUCUUGGUGCUGUGCCACUUUGGUAUCGUUACACAUCGAAGUUGGGCUGUCAAUCUGUUUGACACUAAACAGAUUUGCAGUUGAAGUGCUGUGCGGUUUUGUUUUGGUUUUGUUUUUUCCUCCCCAUGCAGUUUUCGUUCAGGUGGACCGGGCCCAAAUCUCCUUGAAGUCGAAUGUAUUCAAUCAAAUCAUGUUGAUUAUUAUUAUUAUUGUUAUUUUUCUGUAUCAUCAAUGGCAAGCAAUCAAAAAUGGUGUUACUGUCUAAAUCCAAGUGUAAAUUGCUUUCUGCGACUCAAUUAAAAGGUUUGUAAUGGA